CUCCCGCCCCGUUCCGCCAUCAUGAAGUCCUGAACAAAAAACGGACGGGAGUCAAGCAAAAUGGGGAUAAGACGGACUGGAGAAGAAAUCCGCCGACAACACUAACAUAAUGACAGCAGCGCACAGCAGAGCAGGGAGCGGACCCGCCGAAAUUCAUGAAUCUGCCUCCCACUGAAAGCGUCGCAGGCAGCUCCUGUCGUUAGGUUAUAUAGUUAGCAUCGUUGCUACCUGCAGCAGCCGGAGCUGGCCCCUCAUUUUCUCUCAGCUUUCAGCACAUCUGUGCUCCUGGAUCCUGCCGUCAGUCCGCUAGCUGUCACUGAAACUGAGUGGGCUCUUCACUCUCAUGUCAAGUCUAGCUGUCUUCUUGACUGUGAGCUUCAGGAUGGAGAGGAGUCCGAGAAAAAGCAUCAUCGACAGGCAGGAUGUGGUUUCUUCGUCUUGAAUAGACUCCUGUGUCGAGGAAAGGGGGACUGAGACCAGUAUUUUCCAGCCAGGCCAGUUAGCUAGCUUCACAGCUAGCUACAGUGGAUCCCAAAAGCCACGGUAAGACCUCUUAUGAAUCAUUUAGCAUGCUAAAGCAGCCCUAUGCGAUUUUCUGCCUCUGUUCGCAGGGAAACGGGUGGAUACCUCAGGUUUUCGGAUCCAUUUUCACAUCUUCAAGUCGUUGACAUUGACAUGCAGGCUUGUUGUUGGCCUGUAGCUUUAACACCCAAGCAGCCCCGAGUUGUUGUCUCCUCUUGUAUCUAUGACAUUCAUUUUAUUCAGCGAGGAUGAGCAAAUAUAGCCUAAUUGAUCAGUCAAGUGCAAAAAAGCAAAUGCAGCCAUCGAGCUUCUGCUCAGCUGAUCCACACUGUGAAUCCACGGAUCUAAUGCUUACAACAGUUUUUACCAUCAUUUAGAUGUGCAGGUGUUUCCCAAAGGUGGAUACAGAGUUGGAAAAAUUAUAUGGCAUGAAUUAAGAUGGUUUACAGUGGAAUCACAGGGAUACAGCUGCUGCCUGUCCCUGCCUGUCUGUCUGUCUGUACUGAAAAUGGCUCGGAUGGGUUCUUGGAGAAAAUACAGGGACCUUUAGGCUUGGCUGAAAGAUUUGGAGAAACCCUUAUUUUCUUCAUGCAUCCCUCUGAACAGCAUUGAAAUGUCUCAUUUUUAAGUGAGUGGAAAUACAUGCAUAAAAACCACAUUUUCAAAGAGGUGUGUCAUGUUUCCAAAGAAAUUCUUUAUCAGUAUGCUUAGAUUAGUGGUUCUCAACUGGUGGGUCCUGACCCAAAAGUGGGUUGCGGACACGUUCGGGAUGGGUCACAAACAGCUGGUCAAAAAAGUAAAUAUUUAAUGUGAUAUUUAUUAGAUACUCAAAAUUUUCUGUGUAAGCAACUUCAGUAGUUGUCAUCCUCAGUUCAUUUGCGCUGAAAUGCACUUUACUCAAUAAAACAAGUGGAUUUAUGUGAAAGAUUAGAGUCUUUAAAGGUUUUUUUAAAAUUAGAGAUUAGAGAGACCAGUUGAGAACCACUGGCUUAGAUGAUGUCUGCAGAGUUACCCAACAGACAGUCAGCGAAAAAUGAGGAAUUCCUGUUUGCACUGUUGACAUUAUUGGCGUUAUAUCAGUGUCCUUUUUUCUUUUUUAAUUUCUCCUUUAAAAUGUUGGAUCUUUGCACACACAGGUAGUCUGUCUUUCUUUGAGCAAGGCCUCUGUUGCAACAUUCAGAGACUACUCUGGUUAUCAUCUUGCAGUUUUCAUGAAUUCACGAUGAUUAGACAUGACUUAAAAAGCUUCAUGAUGGAAAUUUGAACAGCAGAGUGACUGCUGGAUGGAACAAGUGAGAGCUAUGGCACGUUAUACUGCUAAACGUGGGGGCUUCUAUGGCUGCAUUUCCAUAACUAGUCAGAAAACCCGUGUACCCUUUUUUCAGUGUGCAAUCAAACUCCCUUCAAGGGUUAAUAAAAUGAUUUAAUUUAACAGUACUGACAGGUCACAUUAAGUUAAGACAAAUGUAACACAUUUGUUAUGAGAGAUGAUGUGACUCAUGGGCCUGGCCCUAAAUUUCAGUGAGGAUAUUUGUUGAUGCUUAUUGAGGUGUGCUGCUGUAUGGGAAGAUUUCUGUUUUUUCUUCAGUAAGAUCACUUAACUCAUGUGAAAUAUACCAUGUUAUAUGUCUGUGUUGGUUAAUAGAAAUGCUUAUUAACAGAUUCAAGUGACACAAGUCCAGAUUUUGGAGGAGAAAUGCAAAUGGGGAAAAAAAAUGAAUGUAAGAGAAAAAAGCAACUGCGGUUUCUGCAGCUAACAUUCAAUAUUUAGUUGUGUGAACUAGAUACCGAAAUAAGCUAGACUCCAUUUUCUUCAAGAAGAGAGAUUUCUGUGUGAUCAAAUACACACAUGUUACAAUGUCAUUUAGCAGAUGCUUUUAUCGAAAGCAACAUACAUAUGAGAACAACACAGGCAAAGAUCGAGACAAGAGGAAACAAGAUUAGUAAGAGGAAUAAGUGCUUCAAGUAUAUUUGGACACAGGUACUGCCACACAGUUUAAAAGAAAUACACAACAGUGAACAGUUUUUUUAUUUUGAGAAAUAAGGAACAUCGACAAGGAAGCAAUCAUUCAAUUUCAAGACCUAUCGUCAUCACCACAUAUGCACAAAAGUAUAGAAAUGUUUUGUCUAUGUAUGUGUAGGCUACUGAAAGGCUGAUAAAGGAGAAGACUUGUCAGAAUCCUUUUUAGAGAGGAUUUUUUUCUGUGUUCAUCAAUCAUCUGUUGAUGAUUUUUUAUGCAAGUGUGGGAGAAGACAAAAACUCUUGGGGGAAAAAAGCUAGAGCUGCUUUGUGAGAAAAAUACAAACAAAACUAUGAGGCUUUUGGUUCCUGACAAAGAUUAAAAAAAAGAUAUUUGUUCAACAUUGAGUCUAUAAAUGCUAAAACCUUGUUACAGUUUGUGUUUAGGUUUGUCAUUUUUAUAUUUAAAGCUUCAGUAGAGUGUUUUUGACAUUCAUUAACUAGACAGCAAUUCAUACUGAUGCCUUUGUAUGAUAUACAAAAGCAAACAAGACCAUCAGUGACAAGACUGGCUAUUUUCAAACUGUACAUUUUAAUGCAUGAAACUGUCAUGAGGGGGUUGGUGUUAGCAGAGCAGCUGAAGAUAAACACUCCUGUUUUUACAUUUAGUCAUUAAAUACUCACAAUAAAUGAGACCUUUGACUGUCAGAGAGCAGCAGGAUGAGAUUAUUUUACUUAGACAUGUAGAGGACAAAACAAGCAAAGACUGCUUUGGCCAUAGGGGGCGCCAAAUUGACACAAACUGAGAGUCCCUUAGUGGAGCUUUAACUGAAAGACACAACGGUUUGCUGAUAUUGUUCAGCAUAAAAGAAGGAGAAGGUGGAUAAUUUCCUAGUCUUUAAGCAAAUCUCAAUUAAACAAUGCAGGCAUAUUUCUUCAAAAACACGACAAAGAAUACCUGUAAGUACCUGUGACAUUUACGCUUCCUGUUCAAAUAGUCCUAUCAUUUGAUGGACGCUCACUCGAUCGCAUCUCUCCAUGAUCUCCAGGCGCUGGCCAUGCCGUCGAGUGUGCGGGCCGGGAGCCUGAAGGACCCGGAGGUGGCUGAGCUUUUCUUCAGGGAGGAUCCUGAGAAGCUCUUCACAGACCUGAGGGAGAUCGGCCAUGGGAGCUUCGGAGCGGUCUACUUUGUGAGUCAACUUCUUUGGUAUACUGGUCGAGAUAUUGUGGUGUAGCCACUGGGCAUCAUUUUUUUUUGUCAGUGCACAUACAGGCCCAACGUCAUUGUCGCAGCCUUUACCUAAUUUGAAUGAUGAUGUUGGAAACCUCCUAAAGGUCUGAAUUGUGCUACUUCUCUUUUCAGCUGAGUGAAUAUAAUAAGAAUGAAGAAUUCAUGUUUUUGCAGUAUUAAUUACAAAUGCAGAACUAUUUUUAGGUUCAGUUUUUGCAGGAAGAAAAGAGAAUUUAUGUCGAGUAAUUUACCACAAAAGUAUAUCUUUCAUAAAGCUGCUUCAUGAAGUCUGAGGCUGAUAUAAAGUGUGAAAAUGGAUCCUGAUUUUUUUUCUCAACAAUGCUGAAAAACUGCUCUUGGAUGCGAACAAUAAAAUGACUGUUUCCAGUGAAAGCUUUUGGAUGUAGCUCUGUGGUAGUUACUCGUUAAAAAUGUAAGAUCUGUUCUGGUUCUGAUUUCUGUUCAUAUCUUGCGCUCUCGGGGGUGUGAAGCUUACAAGUGAGGUGUUAGAUCAUUAAUCUUGCUUUUUUAGAUCAAAAUACAACUGAACUUGUUGAUACCUACAUUGGGAUUUAGGCUCUGCUGACUCAUGUUUCAUGGAAGUCUGUGACUGUUUUUGUAUAAUUCAUGUAGAAAAUAUUAACCAGACUAAAACAUAACUUAAGAAUAUGAAUAAUUACUCAUAGCAGCUCAAGCUUAUUGAGAUAAAUCCACUGUGCUGAGUCUGGUCUGUGUCAAAGUGGCUGAUGGAAUGAAAUAAAAAAGGUAGGCACAGCAGAGGAGAAUAGCUGACAGACACGGGUGGGGGUGUCAGAAGGUGUCUGUUAGACAGAAGGGAUGGAGGUGGUGAUGAUGUGACUGCCAUAAGAAUACAAGGUGAAAUCUGAGGAUGAAAGGUGUCAGGAGAGAGGAGAAGAAAAGGUAAAAGGACAAAAGAUGACUUGUGGAUGUGCUGGAAGAGAAGGCCUGUGUAAUGAAGGGUGAAAAGGAGCUAGUCAUGGAUGAAGGGAUCAAGAGGAAGAAAAGAGGAAGGAGGCUCUGCAGAAAUCUUUGUUUUCUGUAGAAGUGUUUUUUUUUUCUUCUUUUGGGUGGGUGGGUGUUAUGUCUGCUCUCAGAAAUGUAAAACAGGAGAACCUUUAAAAAGACACUGACUCACGUCUCGUCUCUCACAAGGCCCAUGACAUCCGCACCAAUGAGGUGGUGGCCAUCAAGAAGAUGUCCUACAGUGGCAAACAGUCCAACGAGGUACAACAACAAAUACAACAACUCUGAAUCUUUCCCCUGUCACAGAUGUCAGAUCAGUUGAGUAUGGUUCAUUUCAUCAAUGCUUGUGUCCUCUCUAAUGUUCAAAAAGAAAUGGCAGGAUAUCAUCAAGGAAGUCAAGUUCCUCCAGAAACUACGUCACCCAAACACCGUGGAGUACCGAGGCUGCUACCUGAGAGAGCACACAGCAUGGGUGAGUGUGUGUCUAUGAGUGUGCAGGGCUCGACAGUGCGACCAUUUCACUCACAUAUGUGACUAAAAAUAAAUGUGUGCAAAUUGUGAAAUGAAUUUAGAGACACAUGGGCCCAUUAAAAAAAUUAGCCGAGCCAACAAAUGUUUUUUCAUUUAAAUACAGCGGUGACGUUGGUUUUGAGUUGGAUAUUCGACGGACAUUCACUGCGGAUCUUCCAGUGUCUUCUCACUCUCCAUAACUGGGAAUAGCAACAGCAGCACAGUUAAAUCUACUCAUUACCCUCGCUGUUAACGUCAGGUGUUAAAUAAGGGACCAUCAAUAAAUUACCUGUCGAUGUUCUCAGAAAAGGCUGUUUCCCUUCAGUAGCUUCCAUGCCAUGUGACUGAUUGAUCUAAAAUUGAUUUCAAAUAGCAGUACUUAAGUCGACCAGUAAGACAAACAUUAUUUGAUCAAUUUCCCUAAAGUUCUUUGUGUGCUCCUUUAAACUUAGGAGCACAUAUGCCCCUUGUGAAAAAAAGUUAGUGUCAAGCCCUGGUGUGUGUGCGCUCUCUCUGUUGUGGCAUGAAGGAAAGGGGAACCGACAACUCCAGAUUUUCUGUCUCCACACUGAACAAUCUGCUGAGUGUUUUAUGGUCAUUUACUUCUCCUCUAAAAAAAAAUAACAUGCUGCUAAAUGAGACGCACAUGUUGCUCUCGUCUUGUCUGUUAAAACUUGAAAGCAAAACUCGCAGUUAAGCGGGACCUUUUUUGGCAUCCUGGCAGGAAUUGUUGUCGAACGAAUGCGUGCAAGUGAGCAAAGAUGACAGCUCUUACUCAGAACUAGGGCUGCAGCUAUCGAUUAUUUUAGUAAUCGAGUACUCUAUCGAUUAAUCUGUCGAUUAAUCGAGUAAUCGGAUAAGAAAUGUUUUGCUCUCACUGUAAUACUUUGCAUUGAAUCACGUUUGCCUCAUUAAAAACCAUCAGUAACACACAAAACUGAAAUAGGCCAGGUCUUUCAAAUGAAUAUUUUUACUGCAUAAAUCAGGAACCAAAAGUUUUACAUUUUACCAUGUAGUUCACAUGAAACUACUGAAGGCAAGGUCUGCAGAUGGUCUUUUAAUUGCUAUGGUAAUGAUCUUUGCAGUUUUCACUAAACCAGUCACAACUAUUUCCAGGCUUUGGAUCUAAUUUUACUUGUUUAAUUAAUAGGCUGAAAUAAUAUAAUUCUUGGAUACUAACAUAAUUUGACAAGCAAAUGUACAUUUAUUCAAUAUAUAAAAGUGUUACAUUUUUAUUUACAUGUUGUUGUGUGUUGGUCAUUUUGCAGCCCUCUGCUGCUCAUCACACGCCUAGCAGGUGGUGUAUAGCAUUAUCACCAUGGAUACACGGAUGUUUGUGUGAUUUUUUUCAUCCACUGCCGCCCGGUUUGUGUCGUGUAGAUGUUGAUUAUGAAAACACUUCGCAAUAAUUUGGAAACGUGAAGGGGGAGCUGCUGCUGCCCGGUGUUUACGGUAAAUAGACGCAAACACCGACCAAGUGGACGCUUCGGUCUCCGAAAACGCCGAGACAAAUUUACAAACAGCCACUAUUUCAAACAACUGGGCUCAUAAUCGUGAUGUAAACACUUACUUUCUCGCUAGAAAAAAUAUUAUUAUUGAAUGAAUUUAUAUGAUUUGUCCGGAAUGCAGUCGUUCUAUGUAGCUUGUGGUAGGACUAUUUAAAUUUUCCCGGCGCUGCGUCCGGCCGGCACGAAAUGCAUUCUGGGGUAUUUAGUAUGUAUGUGUGUAAACGCUCGGGCAGCCGCGGCAUACUCAAAUCAUCUUUGAGUAGUCAGUAGGCAGUAGCUACUGCUUGAGUAGGUAAGUAGAUAGCAGGCAGUAUGCCAUUUCGGACACAGCUUCUGUCUGUCCUCGUUUCCCUCCAUGAUUGAACCAAACGCGCGGCAGCGGAAGGAGCGGAAAGAGCACGCUUCUGCGCAACAGAAAUAAUCGUCCGUGUCAAACACCGUGCGCUGCACAUGGUUCCGGAUUUAAACGAUUCCUCGAGGCAUAUAAUUUGCCUCGAGGAAUUUUAUUAAUCGAGUUACUCGAGUUACUCGAGUAAUCGUUUCAGCCCUACUCAGAACUGAGAAUAUUUUUAGAGUCUUAAACUGAAAAGCGAACAAAAUAAAUCAUCAGUUAAAAGUCAGGGUCUUCCUUUUCAUCUUCUGAGUCCCAAUGCUGGUAAAGCUUCAGCCCAAGUCCAAGUCAAGAUGUGUGUCCUUCAAACUGGGGCUUGAGUUUGAGUCCUUGACUCGAAAACCAAAACAGCUGUGGUGAUAUUAAUACAGGAACACACACAGUUAAACAAGAAAACUCUUUGUGUAUGUGCCAUCCAAAAAACCUCGGGGCCUAAAUGACCUGAAAUUAGAAGAAAACACAAAGAGUCCAUGUGUGAAAGGCACUAAUAAGAUCUGCAAUGCACAGAACAUGGCUGUGUGGUCCUCAUUUUGAGCAUGACCUGAAUAUAGGGCUGGGCGAUAUAUGAUAUGAUAUAUGAUAUAUAGAGAAAAUUAAUUUCCCUCAAUAUCAAUAUAAAACAUGGUCAAUAUGCUUUUCGUUAGUCGCAACAAUUUACGACAAAACAUCCAGGAUACACAAAGACCUCACAGAUACAGUAGCUGAUUGUAUUGCAAAAGACAUGCUACCAACAAGCACUGUUACAUUUCAUUUUUUUAUAUCGUGAUAUAUAUCGACUGAUAUUAAAAAAAUAUAUUGUGAUAAAUUUUUUCAAUAUCGACCAGCCCUACCUGAACACCUUUUGCUCUGAAGCAGAACGAUCUCCCGCUCAUAAAACCCAUUUCCGUUUGGGUCGAUGGUUGAACAAGAGCUUAUCAUAGAAGGUUCUCCUGCUGCUGCAGUGAGCUCCUGAAACAUCAUGUAGUGUAACAAUCUGCCUGUCUGUUUGUCUCUUAGCUGGUGAUGGAGUACUGCUUGGGCUCAGCUUCAGACCUCUUAGAAGGUAAGUAAGAGGAAAUAAGUGAUGAAGUCAGACUCAAUUAUGAUAUUAUAUGUCAGACAGACAUAAUCAUUUAUGGUAAGACAACCACAAAACAUGCAAAAUAGUGAGACUUCGUCCUCAAAUGAACAAUAAACAUUGAUAUCAUAGGGUUAGUAUGAGCAGGUCUGUUUUUAACUAUUGUUCAGGAGGAAAUGAGGAACAGUAUAUGAUGCUUCAGUUCCUCCUAAUGCCUCUUUUCUCUCAGUUCACAAGAAACCCCUCCAGGAAGUGGAAAUAGCGGCCAUAACCCAUGGUGCUCUGCAGGGAUUGGUGUAUCUUCACUCUCACAAUAUGAUUCACAGGUAACCCCCGUCCCUUUUCUCACUAUCUCUGUCUAUUUCCAACACCCACACUCCUGACAAGAGACGAAACAAAUAGUGGGGAGAAAGCACAAAAUGUGCUGUCCAGGACAAGAUUAUGCAACAGUGGAUGUGAUAACACUCUCACUGUGCAGCAACACAUUUUAGUCCCCAUCCUCCAGUAGAACGUUUUCAGACCAUGCAUUUUCUUUCCUUAAUCAUCUCCUUUUCUACCUUUCUCCUACUCCGUGUCUCUGCUUUUCUCUCUCUCUUUCUCAGAGAUGUGAAGGCAGGAAACAUCUUGCUCACAGAGCCAGGUCAGGUCAAACUGGGAGAUUUUGGCUCGGCCUCCAUCGUUGCUCCUGCAAACUCCUUUGUGGGAACCCCUUACUGGUAAGACUUUGAACUCGCAACACCAUCACCCUCUUCAUUAUAUUAGCAGCUUUACCUCCAGAGGAUUAAUGAGAAUUACACACAGUUUUGACCUACUGGAGCUUACACCGUGUAGGUGGAUUGUAAAAGUAGAAGAGGGUUACUGACAGUUUGAGGGAAAUGCUAAUGAACUCCCAAGUAUGUCCAUGUAUCACAUUAAUCUACCUACAAGAUGUUUGUCAAGUUUUAAUCCUACAGAAAUCCAUCUUGGUAGAAUUGGUGAAAUUUUGCAGUCUUUGUUGCCAUAGAAACAGCCAGUGGGGUUAAAACCACAGUUCCAAACAGUAUUAGGAUGAUGAGAAGCAAUUUUUAAAAUGAAAGCUAAUUUGUAUUGAAAAUGAAACGCAUUUUUUGGUAAAGGAUCACAGUUGGUGAUGACCACAGUGACUUAGACUUGACACGGUCAUAGGGUCCCCUUCAAAAUAAAAGCCCCAGGUGUUUCAAUACAUCAGCUCCUAUUUUAGAAAGUAGCAGUAGUUGAGAAAGAGAGUGUCAUGGGUUGCAAGAGUAAAAUGUGAACUCAUUCAAAAAUAUAAGUGCACCUCAAAAGAAACACAAUGCAUUCUGGGAGAUUUGUGUGGAAUUAAAUUGCUGUGUUGUAAAUGGUAGUAUGUAUUUAACACAGCAGAUAUGUUCCAAACAGAUAAGAUCGUCAUCAAGGCAAGCAACCGCAAGCGAAAUAAGUCUCCUUAUUUCAUAAAUCUCUUCAGUACAGCUUCCUUUGUUGAGAGCCGGCUGAUGUCUGAUCUGGUGACAUCUCAACAUUAUAUACUUAAACUGCUAAAUGUAUAAAGGGAUCAGGGUUCAAGGAAACUUUAUUAUCCCCAUGAAGGGCAAUUUGUUUCUCAGCCAGCAGUAAGAAAACAAUAAAAGCAUUCUCCUGUACAAAGACAACAGGGCGAUGAUUAGAGAUUGCUUUUUUCUUCUCUCCUCUGUUUUCUCCUGGUGUUGUUUAAUGAUCAGAUUUGUCACUUAUUUCAUACUGACACAAAUGUUAGGACACACAUAUAUAUUUUUAUGUGUUUUAUAUCAAAAUCCUGCCAAACACUAGUAUGAAGCUGCUAAUUACAAAUAGAUCUGCCCUGUCGCACCAUUGUGAUUAGUUAGUCUCAUUUUACCUCCUGUCUUAAGUCUGUUUUAAGUCCAUAAUAACACCGUGAAGCACUUCAUACCGUCCUCUCUCAUGGACUCAGGUCAAAGAGAGAAAACGUGUCUCAGACCCGAGUCUUUCACCGGUCAGCUCACUCCCUUUUAGCGAGCGCUGUGGUGAAGUUAAAUUCAGCUUCACCCACAGGUCUCUGGCCAUUCGCACACUCUGAAGUAGAGCUCUGCAGACCUUUUGUGAUGUGGGUACUGCAGGUCUGAUAAGCUGCACCUGUAUGCAAACUUCUACAAAGUACUUUGAUGUGAAGCGCACAUCACUUUUGACUUUUCAAUUGAGCCGCCCGCCAGGGACUUCUGUAAAGUGAAAUGUGCCGUUCUCUAUUUCAAGUCUAAAAUAUGUGAAAUGCUGUUGCUGUAUCAUGAUUUUAGACAACUCCUCCUUUCAAGACUAAUUCUCAGGACUGUUUGAAUCUUGUUUUUGAUCAAGAAUGAUGGUAAAGAAAACUUCUUUUACAUCAUGUACUAAUCAAGGUAGGAUGUUGUUGUUUUAAACACCCUCUAAAUAAAACCAUAUUUUUAAAACCUCUUAAAUGACACUGUCUCGUUCAGCUAAAAUAAAAUUUGGUCAAGUGAGUCUAAAUAAAGCACUUUAGUAUCAGUAUUUAAAACCAUGACGAUUCAAAUAACCUGCCUGUCCUGUAGAUAAAUGACAGGUCUGAUAAUGAGCGUGUUCAGCUCUUAAGAAACAAACAUACAUGUUUUGAAAUGAUUGAUGUAUUUUUACUUGGGUGACAGCACAUUUUGUGGUUGUUGGGUAGAUUUUAGAGACCUGCUGCUUUUACUCUGUUUUGUGGGUGACUGCUCUCUCUUUGUCUUUCACUCCCCUUUAACUGUAACUGUGAGUGAUGACUGACCUCAGUCAUGAGAGGUUAUAAUUGCUUUACAGUUAAAUGAUACUGUCCACUGUUGUAAUGAAUAGUAGAUAUACGACGAUCCCACUUUUUCCCUCUAUGUUUCAAUGAAAAACAAACCUCACUCUUAUCCCCUGAGGGUCCGUACAGUUGGAAGAAAUCCUAAAGUCUGGAGCAAACAGACAUGAGUAACGACUCCAAUCCCCAUUAUCAAAGUGAUAAAAUGACACUACAUAUCAUUUGCUCAUCAUGUCUUCAUCACCCCUUGACUCUUUUGAAGAAAACGUGUCUGUUUGUUAUUUUUCAAUCUCAUAAUUUGAUAUUUAAAUCUCACUUCUUCACUUCCAGAGAAGACGUCGUGUCACUCGCAGAAUAACUGUAACAAGUCAUGCAGGCAGCUUUAGUUUCCAUCCGUUUCACAGAACUUAAAAUAUCUGACCACUCGCCUCCGUCUGUCUGUCUGUGGCUUUGCUUUAUUUAUGCAGUCGUAGACGUUGGCGCUGACUGUGCGCCCUUAGGUGCUGUUCUCUCUUGGUCCAGGAUCAAAGGAAGAGAGCUGAAAAUGGCUGACUUGCUUUGUUGUUUCCUUCAUGCAGGAUGGCCCCCGAGGUGAUCCUUGCCAUGGACGAGGGUCAGUACGAUGGGAAGGUGGAUGUGUGGUCACUUGGCAUUACCUGCAUAGAGCUGGGUAAGGGACAGCAGAAGUUUGUGUUUUUUUUUUUUUCAUUGUAUAUCCAGAAAAACGGAAGAAUCCAACCACUGUCUCUGUUUUCUUCCCUCUCUUUUUCUUCUCUUGCCUCCGUCUGCAGCGGAAAGGAAGCCUCCUCUGUUCAACAUGAAUGCUAUGAGUGCCUUAUAUCACAUCGCCCAGAAUGAGAGCCCCGUGCUGCAGUCCAAUCACUGGUCAGACUCGCUAAUUUGACCUUAUUGGCAAAAAUGACUCUUGAGUUCUGUUGCUGGAGAUUGUAUUGUAAAAAUUGGUUUCACUAAGGAGCAGCCAGUAUUAUUAAGGCUUUUUCAAUGUAUGCAGGGUUCCUACUCAAGUAUGGAAACGUAUGGAAGUAAUUUGAGUCAAUUUCCAGGUCUUAAAAUGUAUCAAAAAUGAAAAAUAAAGUAUGGAAAAAUAUUUAGGUUUCCAGACUUUUACCACAGUAAAGAAAAAUACUGUUUUCUAAAACAGAAAACGAAGUAUUUCCAAAAAUAUUCCUAAAAAGUAGGGUAUGGAAAAGUAUGGAAAUUCCAACUGUGUAGGAACCCUGUAUAUGGAUGUCAAGAAUUAAAGGAUUUAAGGAGUUUGUGAUUUUAUAAACCAAAGACUGUAAAACUGAUGAGACUCAGAGAAGAUUCUUACCCUUGAACUAAAUAAUUCAGGUCAUCUACACCUGAAAACUAGAUGAUAAGACUGAGAAUUACUACAACACUUUAACAUAAAGAUUAAAAACCUGCUUUAAAUCAGACCGGCUGUCAUGAUAGUUUGUUUUUGUAGUUACACUGACUGGCUGCUUUUACUGAUCAUGAUUAAAAACUUAUUCCUGUCGCUUUAGGUCGGAUUAUUUCCGCAAUUUUGUGGACUCCUGUUUGCAGAAGAUUGCCCAGGAUAGACCUACCUCUGAUGUGCUGCUCAAGGUACAAUAGAUCAAAAGAUGUGUUUGAUGUCGUUGUUCAGACCGGGCAGAAAUGAGUGAUCAGUCUUUGUUUGGGGAUGUCUGCAUGAUCAGAAGAAGAAAGUCUGAGGCAUAGAAACUGUACAGCCCUAAAGUAAGUCCUUUAGUCUACAGCAGCAGGCUGUUCUGGGUCGGUGAAAUAGUACAGUACUCUGUGGCUACAUCUUCUGUUCCUGUUGGCUCACACAUAUGCUGGCAUAACAAGCAGGACAGCUUUGUUUAUCAGAGACACAAAAGAUUUGCUGAACACUUGAACUUCAAAGGAAAAUGGGAAGAGGAGAUGUAACUUAAGUGAUUUUGAUCUCUGAGAUCUAAAAUAUGUCGUUAAAAGACAAACAUUUACAUGACGGGUUUAUCGAUUUGAGUGAUUUAUAGUUAAAAAGUUUCCUGACUGUCAGAUUUAAAUCAUUUGAAUAUGCGUUUUUUCUGUCUUCAUCACUCAUCUUCAGCAAUAAAGUCAGUUAACAGUAUUGAGGUCAGUUUUAGCAAAGUGUUACUUGAUUAAAAUUUCAAAAGAGUUAAAAUCAUCCAGGAAUUUAGAUUUAUUCAUCAUGUCUCUCAACUUUUCUGUCCACCCAGCACCAUUUCCUAUGCAGAGAGCGUCCAAUGACGGUGGUGAUGGACUUGAUCGCACGCACUAAGGAUGCAGUCCGCGAGCUGGACAACCUGCAGUACCGGAAGAUGAAGAAAAUCCUCUUCCAUGAGGCACACAAUGGUCCUGCACCAGAGGGAGGCGAUGAAGAAGAGGUAAGAGCGAGGAGGAGGAGAAUCAGGAGGCCAUCAGAGAUAUUUGCACUGCCUUUAUGUUAGGGCUGGGCGAUAACCGAAAAUUUACCAAAGUAACCAACAUCAUUUUGCCCGUGUCAAUAUAUUCUGUGUCAAAAUAAAUAAAUAUAGGUUGGUUUUGGAUGUGUGUAGGUAGGCUAUGGUCUCAUGUCCCUCAGAGAUGUGACUCUACCCUAUCCAGUCCGUAACAAAGAGGGAAAGACAGGUGAGGAGAUGGAGGACGGAUCAAAAGUUGUAGCAGCUGGAGCGGCGGCUGAAGUAGACAAAGUUAAUGUGGGAGGGGGUGAGCAGAUUGUUGAGUAGUUAUCGUCCAUUUAUCGUUAUCGAGGUGAACUGCUCAAUACAUCGUGAUAUUGAUUUGAGGCCAUAUCGCCCAGCCCUACUUUAUAUGCUGGAAGGAGAGGAAUCAUCACAGUUCAGUGUGUUUUACAUCAGUGAAGUUCAUUCACUUAUUUUUGUGAAGGAUUCAGUUUUAAACUUCAAUUUAGCUAAUUAAGCUUUAGAGCCGCCACUGCUUUUCCCGUGCUCCUGCCUUUGUUCUCCUAAAAGAUUGCUUCGGUAAAAGCAGAUUUGUCCUGAAAAGCCCCCCUGAGUUGUCCGGAAGUGGUUCAGUUUUGCAGCGUCCAACCUGGAGCACACCACUGUCGGCUCCAACAUUUGUCCAAAGUCUUUGGCAACUAAUAGCAGCAGCUCAACUAAUUUAUUCCAGGAUCUCGAACAGAAAAGCAGCCAAGAGUAUCUACAAGCUGCAUAAAAUAGCUGCAGCACCAAGCCUCACUGAGAAGCCGGUUAUAUUUUCAACAUGAAGUUGACUUCAUCUUGAAUUAUGAUAUAAUGGCCAUCCUGAAUGCAGAUAAACAAACGCACUAAAUUGUACGAAGAUUGGCCUCAGACAUUCUUACAUAGAAUACAGUAUUUUGUUGCACUUCUGCUUUAUUCACGAAAUAAGGAACAUCGAUUUGAUUCCUCAUUUUUUGCAGAAAUGUGAAGUAAGUAUUUAGUUAGUAAUCUGUCUCUGCAGAGCUGAGUUUCGAGAACUGAUGCAGUUUGUAGGAAUUCAUUCAAAUAACUUAAAGAGGUAAAAGCUACAUACAAAAUGGGCCCUCAGAGUAGCCGUAGUUUUUGAAAAGGAAGCAGCCCGUUUCACAAAUGCUGCAUUUAGCAUCCAUCCUGCCUUUGUGCUGGACUUGUCAUUACACUGUAUAUAUUUGUGAACUAAGAACCCCUUCCUCCUCGUACAAAGGCCUUUGUUUCCAGCAAUAUUGAACUCCAGAUGGUUGUUCCCCUAGAAGGAAAUGGAGGAAUUUAGAAAAUGUGUGGCUGUGUUUCUCCUCAGUCAGAGUAGGCCAAUGUGUCACUGUUAGUAUGCCUUAUAUAUUUGUCUUUGGUGUUCAAUCACGCACAGCAUAAACCAGCCAACACAGUCCCACCACUGCCACUCUGACUCCAUAAAGUACAGACAGCCUGAAUGAUCCCAUCCUGAUGUUGUUAUUUAUCCAGGACUCUCUCUCCUCCACUGAGCUUUUUCCUCCUCCCUUGCAGGACGUGGAGCAGUACAUGCUGCGCACAGGCACAGUCAACAGCAUGGAGAGCUCCCACUCUCUGCCCUCCAUGUCCAUCAGCGCCAGCUCUCAGAGCAGCUCGGUCAACAGCCUGGCAGAUGGCUCCGACGACAGCGGGGAGAUGGCCAUGAUGCAGGAGGGAGAGCACACCGUCACCUCCAACAGCUCCGUCCUGCACAAGCCCCUGGUCAGGACAAGUCUUGCCCCCUCUGUAGGGUCAUUCCUUCCCCUUAAAGCCCCUUUUACCACCCUGUCUGUUAGUUGUAUUACAAAAGAGAUGAAUGACAGUGUGUAUUUGUUUCUGUCGUACCUGUUUAGUUUGAUAAAAGCACCUUUCUUACAAACAAAUUAAAGUCACAUUUGAGUCGAGUGUGUAUAACCAAAAUGAGAGCCGUAGAAAACAUCUUCUUAAUCCACACAGUGUAAUCAAACCACUUUAGCUUUGUACCUGCAAAACUGCUCUGUCUGUCUGGUUAGUUUUGCACACACUGACUUGCACCACCUAAAGGCUAUGAGAGGUAAUAGCAGCACACUGUCGACCUGCACAUCCACCUGCAGUUUGGAGACCUCUUGAGGCGAAACAACUCACCAGAAAAACUGCAAAAGCUCAAAUAUUUAUUGAAAAAAAAUUCAAGCUAAAGCCCCAGAUAUACUUUUAUGACCAGUGUAUUUAUCAUUUAGUAGGUAACAUUCAGCUUUGAGACUUGUUAUUUGACAUUUUUUUCUUUUGUCUCCCCCCAAGCAGAGCCAUGACAACAUUUAUGAUGACCCUUAUCAGCCGGAGGUUGAGUCGCAACGAGAGGCUUCGUCUGCUGGAGGUGGUGGCGGCGGUGGUGGAGGAGGUGGAGGAGGGAGGCGUCGCCGAGGCAGAGACCACUUCGCCACCAUCAGGACGGCCUCACUGGUCACUCGUCAGAUUCAGGAACACGAGCAGGGCUCAGCUCUUCGGGAACAGAUGUCUGGGUAAGGUUCAGGAGUCAAAAAAUGGCCUUAGAUACAAAACCGGAAACUUAACAGACACCUUUAAAGUCUGAGCUCCAGGGUAGGCGGUCACUUAAAUUGUUUGAGUGUUUCCUCCUUAUUGUUAAUUUUCUGUCUCCUCGCAGAUACAAGCGUAUGCGGCGGCAGCACCAGAAGCAGCUGAUGGGUUUAGAAAACAAGCUGAAGGCGGAGAUGGAUGAGCACCAGCUGAGGCUGGAUAAAGAGCUGGAGAACCAGAGGAAUAGUUUCUCCAUGGAGGGAGAAAAACUGGGCAAGAAGCAUCAGGCCAUCCUGGAGAAGGAGGUAAGCAGCUGGAUGGAGGAGGAAUGAGGACCGAUCAGAGGAGGAAAGUGGAACUCCAGCCCUGAUUUUGAUGUGGCUGUGGGGUUUGUUUUUGCAGACCAAGGCGGUGUUGACUGAAGAGAAGAAGUUCCAGCAGCACAUUUUGGCCCAGCAGAAGAAGGAGCUGACCGGUCUGCUGGAGUCCCAGAAACGGCAGUAUCGCCAACGCAAGGAGCAGCUCAAAGAGGUGCUGCUGGUUUUGGUCACACAACACGUCCAUUUAAUGAAUGACCACAGAGGCAUCUUGGUCAUAAUUCUGCCGUACACUUAGUUUCCAUUAGAUUGAUAUUUAUUUCACUAGUUACCUUCCAACUCACAUAAAAAACCUGCAUUUUGCUGCUCUAGUCAGGGUUCACAGCAGUUCUAGGUGAAUUUGAAGUUGGCUGAAAUAUGUUUUCAAACUUCAGACUGUUGGCUUAUUUCCAACACAGGGGGCUUAUUUGAAGUUUUUAGUCAUUAAGGCCAGUACCCGAUAAAUAAAUACCAUUUUUUUUUUUAUUUUAAAGAACAUCAGGUUGUAAGUUGUCAUGUUUCUGUCUUUCGAUGGCAUUUUUUCUGGUUUAUUCUCAGAUGGAUGAGAAAAUGAUCUUGUGGUUCUUAACACAAAUUGCUCUUUGCUUUCAUCGACACUAAAGACCUCUAAACGCUGUACAAACAGCGCUGAAGUUCAGCUUGAUAUUUUGACACAGCUUUUUAACUGUUUCAUCACUUCUCGUUCUCUUCUCCUCAAGGAACUGAAUGAGAACCAGUCGACACCAAAGCGGGAGAAACAGGAGUGGUUGGUGCACCAGAAGGAGUGUCUGCAGCAGCUGCAGGCGGAGGAAGAGGCCGGCCUGCUGCGCCGGCAGAGGCAGUACUACGAGCUGCAGUGUCGCCAGUACAAGAGGAAGAUGCUGCUGGCUCGCCACAACCUGGAGCAAGAUCUGCUCCGAGAGGUAUCGUUUUUUAAAUUUAACAAGAUGUGAUUUUAAGCUGCUUGUAUCAUGAUGUAAAAAUAUUGUUUGAAUAAAAUGUAGACUCUUACAAAUCCCGCAAACACUUUUAUCAGUUCUUGAUCAUGUGGAGUUUUUCUGUCUGUCCUUUGUUUGGUUUUGUUCGAUCUUUGUGUUUUCUUCUCUGUGAAACACUCUCUAUCUGGUGAGAAAUUUGCUUUUCCAAAGUAGUAGUAGUAUCAACCACAGCUCUAACAAGUCCAAGCUGCCAACUGCUGCCUGAUAUCUGGCUUUAAAACUAUAAGAACAGCUCUUAUUAGGAGAACUUUUUGCAGAUUAUACCAGCAAAGUCAGAUUUACAGAAAAGUGUGUUCUGUCAUAAGUUUCCCAUCCUCACCAUGUCACAGCUCCCUCUCUGCCUCUUAAUCAUCCGUUUCUUUCCUCCAGGACCUGAAUAAGAAGCAGACUCUGAAGGACCUGGAGUGCGCCAUGCUCCUGCGUCACCACGAGUCCACCCAGGAGCUGGAGUUCCGCCAGUUGGGUCUGGUGCAGCGCACACGGGCCGAUCUGAUCCGCACGCAGCACCAGACCGAGCUCACCAACCAGAUGGAGUACAAUAAGAGGCGCGAGCAGGAGCUGCGUCAGAAACACGCCAUGGAGGUCCGCCAGCAGCCCAAGAGCCUGAAAGUGAGUGAGAGCAGCCAGAGCCAGGGGUCUCCUGAGGAGGGGGAGAGCCUGACGGCCGAGGGUCAGAGCAGCACGUUGAGGGAAAUUGAAAGGGAGUUAGAAGAGCUUGCAAUAGAGAGGGAAGCAAUAGCUAAGGAGUUGUCUGCUCGGAGAGAGCUUAUGCUGGUCAGAGAUGAAGAGGAGGAGGAUUUUAGUGAACCUGUGGUGGAAAUAAUCAAAGAUGAGGGAGAUGAGAAGCCAGAGAGAGAGGGUGACAGAGAGGAAGAAAAAGGUCCAAUCAGUGAGGAGGGGACAGAGGAGAGGGAGGUAGAGGGUGUGCAGUGGGAGGAUGAGGAUAGCCCCGGCAAAGCCGCACACUUGGACACAGAUGAAGAAGAGGAGGAAGAGGGGAGGGGCGUGGCUGACGGCUGUCCGUCAGAACUCAUCUCAUCCCUGACCCCCGAGAAGAGGCGACCUCGUGAGAGAGAUAUUGACGAGCUGUCUGAGUUCUACUUCCCUGACGCUCCGGAGCUUGAGCCCGUCUCCUCCCCUCCUCCUCCUCCUCCUCCUCCUCCAGCCCAGACUUCCCUCCCCUCCUUUUUCUCUCAUGCCAUCUGCCUUCUCCUUUCCCUCUCUGCUGCUGCCCAGCCCUCCAAUCUCACCCUGCUGCUCCUCUCCAUCUUCCUCCUCUCUCUCCGGCGCUCACCUCCUCUGCCUUCGGUGGCCUCGCUGCUCCUCUCUGCCGAGCUCGCCUUUUUGGCGCUCUUCUUCUCGUACCUCUUCCUUCGCUCCUGCUGCUCCUUGUCCCUCUCCACCUACCUGACGCUCAGUCUCUGGGGGAGCGCCCUCUUCAGUUUAGGCCUCUCUUUCAGUUUAGGCAUUUAUUAUGUUCCCAUGAUUCUGAUCUCAGCGUCCUUCCUCAGCUCGCCCUCUCUCUUCCUCUCGCUUUACCUGGUUAUUGUGCUGGUUGUCAGGCCGGCCCGGGACUUCCUCCAGCACGCACCUCGUAAAGUAAACCGCCUCUGUAUGCGUGUGCUUUUCCGUCUGCCCCGCCCCCUGUUUGCCAUGUGCCAGUCAGUCCUGGGUGGCAUGGCUGAACGAAACCUCUAUGAGAUGUUCCCCAAAGCGGGGCGCAACUGGGGCGUCCGUCAAUCCAGAAUCCCUGUUCUCCUAAGGAGCCUCCCAAUAGAGUACCAGGCCCGCUGCAGUGUAACCUCGCCCUUUGCCAGGGGUCUUCUGUUGGUGAGGCGUUUUAGCAGACGCCCCCUUGGGGUCUUGGCAGAUCUCGCUAACUCCAUCUUGCUAAAACUAGCCGCACAGCUGGUUAAAAAGCUGCCACUAAAUGUCCGGAUCAAACUCCAGACUGUAGGCCUCUUAAAGAAGGAGGCUCCGAGCAGGCUGCCUCGACUGCUGCCCAGAGAGGUGAGAGAGAGACGGCAAAGGGAGAGGAGGAGGAGAGAAAGGGAGAGACAGAAGAGGCAGGAGAGGGAGAGGAUGUAUCGCGAGGACACGAGGUGGGAGUGUGGGUUAAGACGGACCUCAUCUGGAAGGUUUGUCAAGGGGAAAAUUCGACCUUGGAGAUAGCAGACAAACGAGAGUGAAAGCGAGAAAUAAGUGCUGGUGGUGUGAGUGUGUGUGUGUGUUUCCAUGCUCAUGUUCCCUUGUUCCACCAUUAUCUGUGUGUCCUUUGGUCCAGGCCCACAUGUCUGUCUUGUUUAGACCAGUUUCCAAAACCCGGUCUCUGGUCUCAUGUCUAAAAGAUAGGACUUUACCCUGCACAUGACCUGCUGGCUGAAAGUGAUUUUGGCUGUUAAAGCUGAUCCAAAAGUGUGGACACACAAGCUGUACUGUUAAGCCAAAGAGCUUUGCAUUUGUAAACCAAACUACCAAAAACCCUGUGAACAUUUUAUCAUUUUGCUUUUUGUAAAAGUUAUUUUUUAUCCUAUUUUAUUAUUUUGCUCUUAAUUUGUAAGACAAAUACUUUAAUGGUUAUUUUUGAGACCAGUUUUUGUGCAAUCCUUGUUUUUUGUUUUUUUCUUUAACAGUGGUCUUAUUUCACAGGGUGCGCUGUUAAAUCAGUGCUCAGAACAAAUAUCAAAUACAGUGUUGCUUAGCUACAUGGCCACAAUCUCACUCCCCCAAGCUUAAUACUGUGAAAACAGAGAUAAUUUCACUGAUAUCACCAUAAACACUAGCCUUCCCAGUCAGUAUGAAAGUGCAAUAAAUAUCACGUUUGAUAACAUUUGAAGCAGUGCGUUUCAAAGACGAAGUUGAAAGGUUAAGUCUAGUUUUAAGGACUUUCAAUCAAAGCUUUGAGCACACCCUGUUUAUUGUUUCAGGUUAUUUCAUUAUGGCAUAAGUAGAAAAAAUACCUGAAUAGAAUUACAGCAGAUUCAAUCAUUAUCUUUGAUAUUUUAGUUCAAUAUAUAGUUUUUAUUGCACUUUAUGCAAUAUUCUUAUUAUUUACCAUGUAAACAUUUAGAUAGAUGUUCAUUUAAUAAUCAUAUAAAAAUACAACCGUUUAGUGCCUAGUUACAACUGUUUGCACAAAUGAUAGUAUGUUGUGAAGAGACAUAUCCUAAAUAUACAGUAGUAGCAUGGAGAAGUAUAUAAUAUAAUUAUAAUAUCCUUUUAAAAUAUUUUAAUGAAGCUUAAUUUAUAUGAAGCCAUAAAACCAAUCUUUUGAGACAUGCAAUCAUAAAAUCAGUCCAAAGGUUGAUGCAACUACUGAAUGUGAAAAAGAUUGAGCAAGAUCUCUUUAAUAUGAAGAGAUGAUAUCCUUGUAGUUGUAGACAUCUGAUCAUCGAAUUCUAAUUUGCACUGCCCCGAUACUUGAAGAGCCAUACAGAAGAGCCUUUGGCUGACCAGAGCGCUGCGGUUCAGACCUACAGUGGACUAUUACCUGGAAAAGUUCACUGAAAAUAAUACAGAUACUGUGUCUGUUUCUCUUCCAACAAAACCCCAAAGAAAUUCAGUUUAAAAAGAAAAGAAGCAAAUCGUUGCCUUUAAGAAGCUUGAACCAAAAACAUUUGAAUAUUUUUUACAAGUGGAUUUAUCAGUUAGGGUCAGCAUUACAUCAGCUGGACCAAGAAAGAGUCUGCUGUUUUAUUUAAUCAUCGUAUGCUCGUGUGCAUAUUUGAAGACUAGAACACCAAACUGCUCUGACGUAUUCUUAAAUGAAGUGAAACGAACAAGGACUAGCUGCAUAACAAGCAUAAAUCUGACAGAGUCAGGGUUUGAAGAUCUGCCUAUUGUCAACGGAAACCUGGUUUAGAGGAGAGGAAUCAAUAACUGCUAACUGAUGCUUCUGGUCAGGGAUUAAGUUCCCUGAUUGUAAAAAGAAGGAGAGCAUUUGAGCCAUUUUUCAUGGAGGUUUAUUACUGGGCAGGACACUCCAUGUUUACUGUAUUUGACCCAGGGGGAACAAAAAAGAAGGGCUUUCUCUCAGUUGACCUGCAUUCAGGAAGUGUAGCUUUAAAAAAAAAAAAAAAAGGCAUUUCACUCCAAACAUUGUUUUGUUUGAAUGUAACUUAUUUUUGCCAUUGAUUUCCAUUCGAGUUCCAGUUAUUUCCUGUUCCUCUGUGUAUGUUUACAUGUUUGUAUUCUGUUUUGUUGUGACACCGUCAGAGUUUUAUCACCCUGAGUUUUUUUUUUUUAAUCUAUUUAAUUUAUGCAGUAUUUAUAAUAUUAGUACUGCAUUGUGUUUGGCAGCCAUUUGUUCUCCUUUUAUCCUCAUUUUAGCGGCAUGAGUGUUUGUGUACUGUAUGGCUGUGUGCUCGCAAGCAUAGCAAAGUAUUUUUACUUCCAGAUUUUUAUUUACAGAAAAAUAAAUUCUUUUGUGUGGAAAUCAUUGUCUUGUUUGUUUUUAUGAUUUUUGUUUCCAUUAUUUCCACUUUCCUUCAUUUGUUUACUUCUCCCUUGAGUUAUCAGUCAGUUUGAUUAUAUAUUUGAUUUGUUCAUCACUCCCUACUGUACCAUCGCACGUUGUUCAGCCAUCGUCAUGUUGUUCCCUCCCUUUGUUUUCAACUCACCAGAUGUGACAGAGGCGGGGUUUCUAAUUAUGGUCAUUUUUCUGAUCAACAUACAAGGUUGAAAAACGUGAAGGUUUGUCAUCAGAUCAAUAAUGAGGCAUUGACACACCUCAGGUAAAGAGGAGUACACUUUGUUGUUUAAUCUGAAGCAAAACUCUGUUCUAAGCCCUGAAAAACUCAAAGUUACAAAAGGGUCUGAAUUAGUUUAAAGGCCAGACAUGAAUUCUUACUGUUAAGAACAAACAAUGCAAGUCCUUUUUUAUCUAAAAGCCAACACAACAUAGUCAUAAUUCUGUCAGAAGUCAUUUAAGAUAUGGAAAGUUUUUCUUCAUGAACUGAAACGUGGCAGGUUUGUAUUUUAUCAUCUUUGGGGUUACCCCUUUAUUAAGAGUAUAUACAUACUGUAGUAAACCACUGGUCCUGUAGUCGACAGGUCCUUGGAUGUUAAAAUGAUAAUACUUGAUCUUGCUUCAUAUGAAAAAGGUGAAAAUCAAAACAAGUCUGCAGUAUUUUGAAGUCACUGAUAAAUCUGCGGUAAUAACAGAUUAAGAUUAACACAGAUUAAGCACCGUCAGAAAGAGAAGCAGGAAUUAUUUAAUUUUUGAGAUAUGAAGAGAACUUUUUUUUAAUAAAAUAAAUAAAAUUCUGAUUGAAAUCUUGCAACUGGAAUUAAGAAUCUGGAGAAUUUCCCUACAUUAAGAUUCAAAAGCUAAUCUCAUCGAGGCACAGAUAUUUUAAUGUAUCUAUGAAUUAGUGAUUUAUUAUGUUUCCAUAAUAUGUGUAUAAGAACAUUAACGCUGAAAAUAGCAUUCAAUAGAUUCAAUUUUAUGAGAAUAUUUAUGUUUUAAAUUAUGGCCAUAAUGGUGAACAUAUUUUAGCUCCAGGCUGUCAGCAUUUAAUAGAAAAAGUAAAAGCACAGUCAAGAGAACUUUUUGACGUUUUUCUCCUCAAAUAUUCAUUACAAUGUGGUAUUUGACUGUGAUAGAAAGCAAGAUGGCUUCUUUAUUGUGUUAGAAAAACUGCUUACAUACUUAUAAGAUCACAAGACAUGUAAGAGGCUUCUAUCUCUCUGACCACCAAACUUUUGAGUUACUUUUAUAAAUGAAAAACUAGAAGCUCUUAGCCCAGCUGCCUGCAUCUCACUUCUCUCUCCUCCAGUCUAAAGAGCUGCAGAUAAAGCGUCAGUUCCAGGACACCUGCAAGAUCCAGACCCGUCAGUACAAGGCUCUGAGGAACCACCUACUGGAGAAUACUCCCAAAUCGGACCACAAGGCUGUGCUGAAGCGUCUGAAGGAUGAGCAGACUCGUAAGCUGGCCAUCCUGGCUGAGCAGUAUGACCACUCCAUCAAUGACAUGCUGUCCACACAGGCUGUGAGUAAGGCAAGAGACGUCGUUCACUUCACACUCGCACCACACCACCACAGCUGUGCCCGGCCCGGGGGCCCUCCUGCCCGCUUGCCCUCCUGUCUGCCCACCAACAAGCCUGCUCCUGCUCCCUCCUGUUUAUCUCCACCUAAACCCACAUUUACCUGUUUUACACCAGAUGAUGUCCACUAUCCUGUUUCCCCUUUGGAGUUCUGUCUGAAAAUCUUGAGGCACUUUAUUGUCAAACCAGAAUCAUUCAUUUAAGUGUGUGACUGCUCGCACAGUCGCUCCUCCAGCAACAGCUGGAAUAACAGGUAAAUAUGAAGAUUACAUGACACAGAACUAGAUGAUGUCAGACAGAUUAAGCAAGAUUUAUUAGUCUGGAAUAAAAAACCUUGAACUCCUUGAUUUAUUAAAAUUUAUAUCACUCACCUUCAGAGAAGACGACUAAAGAGGGAUGGUUAAAUUAUUAAAACCCAACAUUAUAGUUUGAGGGGAGGUUUUGUGAGAGGAAAAAAUGUUUCUCUCACUUUGGGGUUCAGACAGAGUUUCAGGACUUUGAGCAUUAAUAGCAACCCUACGCUGAAGACAAAUAAAUCUACUUUAUAAGUUUAAAAAAAUCAGCUUAGAUGUCCUAUGUCCCAUUCUUGUCCUCUGUUUUAUGAAAUCAUGGGCCCUAGAUAUAUGUAUGAGCAUAAUUCCUCCAAUUUUAAUUAUUUCAACAUGAGGUCUGUGGUCCUAAAAAUCAUUGCAUAAUAUCUGACUUUGAUAACCACUAAACAGCUCAGUUUCCCCUUUAUAACCUACAAGUAUUUGAACAGCAACAUCAUAAAAAUACUGCAGUGCCAUAAGCGAAGGAGAACAGCCGUGCCCCCUGAUCUAUUUUCUCACAUUUGCAAAAUUGAAACCAUCAAACGCGCUCUAACAAUGUUACCUCAGAUUUGUACCUGAGUAAAUGCUUUAAAGUCACAUUCCUGUACAGCGUCGAGGGGUCAUACCUUUAAAAAAGUCUGUCCUUUAAGGUCAAACUCUUGAUUCAGCCCCUGCCCUCUGACAUUAGGACGCUUUCACACCCUAAUCCUGGGCUUUUAAAUGAUUGAAACACAGUAUGAAGUGGAUGGGACAUAAUAAACCAUCUUUUCUCACCAAUGACAUAACACACUGUGCUACUUUUAAUUACCUCUCAUGGCAGAAAGCCAUGUAAGCUCGGUAAGCCAAAUCCCUGCUGCCCUUGUUUGUCCGCACAUCCACUCCUGCUGUGGUUAAAGUCUCCUCUGGGAACGUUUCCAACUCACUGAUUAAACUCCAUCCUGAGGUCAGAGAAAAAUAUAUGUUUUUAGAUGAAAAUGGUUGUUUUUUGAAACCACAUUUAAUCUGUUUCCUGGAAGCAAGCUAUUACACGCAUACAUGCACAGAGGUCAAGUCAGUUUGGGGGCUGUGAAACAUUGUCCGUUGUUUCACUUACAUUAAUAUCAACGUGUGAAAACGCUUUCUGUGGCCAAGGCUGAUCAAACCUGGACAAAUAUCUGAUGAAACAUCACUCUGAACAAUCUGCAACUCACACGUAGGACCUUACCCUCUUCUCUCUUUUGCAUCUCAUCUUUUCUAUGUUCUUCAAACUCUUCCUCUUCUCCCCUCAACUCUUAAAUCACAAUUUCUCACUCAUACAAUUGUGCUAAAUCCAUUUUUCAUCACACUUCCUCGUUUUUCUCCCUUUCAGCUGCGAUUGGAUGAGACCCAGGAGGCAGAGUACAAUGUGCUGAGGAUGCAGCUGCAGCAGGAGCUGGAGCUGCUCAACGCAUAUCAGAGCAAGAUCAAGAUCCAUACUGACACCCAGCACGAGAGGGAGGUCAAGGACCUGGAGCAGAGAGUGUCCAUCCGCCGUGCGCUGCUGGAGCAGAGGGUUAGAAGCCUUUGGUUAUCACUUAUAUAGAAAUAAAAGUUAUUGAAAAAACAGGGAGGACCUCUGGUGACUUUUAGUAUCUAGUAAGUGGAAGUAGAAAAGGCUGGAUCAUUUGUCAGAGUUAGGUGGACUGCUGCCUUCAGCUGUCAUAUCACUAGCCACAGCAGGCUCAGUUAUAACAUAUUGCUUUAUACAAUCAUAGCUACACCUUAACUGAUCUGUUUUACCACAGUCUUUCCAGAAGCAGUUCUGAAGCUUUCUAUUGCAAAAUAUUAUUGCUUUUAAAGACUCAUCAUCCAUGUUAGCCUAAAAGAAACCUGAUAUGAGAGAUUUUCUUAAAGGGAUAUUCCGGUGUGAAAUUAAUUUAGGGUCAAACACACCGUUACACCGAGUUAGACACCCCCUCGAGAGUGAAUGUUGCCGACCGCUUGCUUCUCUUGUUAUACCAGCUUUAGUAAGGACUGCACGAUAGCAAUACAAACCUCAACAAAACGCCACUCAAUAGCCUCAACCUCAGGCCAAUCCAUUACAAACUGCUGCGGGGUGACUCAGCUCAAGGAAGAACAUAUAUGAUCAUUACUUUAUCAUUUCCAUAAAGUAAUAAUCACCAUAUUAAUCAUUUUGCACUGCAGAUGCAGUAGUUCUUCUGCCUUAGCAUCUCAGUCUGAUUGCAUUUCCAUGAAGAAAUGAUAAAAAAUAUUCUUCCUUGAGCUGCGUAACCCCACAGCAAUCCUUAAUGGACUGGCCUGAGGUCUCGCUACACACAAGCAACUGCUGGAAGAGAGUAGGUGAGUUGUGUUUAGUCUCUUUGCCAAAGAAAUUAAGCAAAGUUAAAAAGAUGUUUGGUGGUUAGUACUAUGGCUUGGACCCUAUAUGUACUGUUGAUGAAGUUAGGUGCUGUUCUGAGCAUUAUUUGUGGCUAUGCUGCGUUUUGGUUGAAGUUUGUUUAUGGCCCCUCAGACCGCUGUGUAUUGCUAUCAUGUGUUCGUUACUAAAGUUGGUAAAACUAGAGAAGCAAGCGGUCGGUAACAUUCAUCUCUCGAGGGGGUGUCUAACUCGGUGUUAUGGUGUGUUUGACCCUAAAUUAAUUUUACGCUGAAAUAUUCCUUGAAGUUUUUUAAUGUUAAUUAAUUUAAUGAUCAAUUUGAGUUAAAUAGACUUUCAUACUUGUAAAUGAAAAUUUUUUGAAGAGGAAAUUUUAAUAUAGCACGUUUUUAUAUUCCUAUUUAAAAAAAAAUCUUUUUUGUUGUUUUUUUCCAGAUCGAGGAAGAGAUGCUGUCUCUGCAGAAUGAGCGCUCCGAACGUAUCCGUACCCUCCUGGAGCGACAGGCCAGUGAGAUCGAGGCCUUUGACUCGGAGAGUAUGCGCCUUGGUUUCAGUAACAUGGCUCUGUCAGGUAUCCCCAGUGAGGCUUACCCCAUGCAGGGCUACUCCAAUGCCCCGCCCCCUGGCUCCCGCUCUGCUGGCCACUGGAGCCACGGCCUGCACCCACAGAACGUUCCCUCCCAGCAGCACUCCCGCCGCAGUCACAACAGCAGCAGCAGCAGCAGUGGCAUUGGCAGCGCCAGCGACCGCCGCAGCGAGUCCUCCUCCUCUUCCCAUGCACUGGGCUUGGCCCUGGGCCUGGGCCGAGAUGGCAGGGAUGUGCACCAUUCGUCCCGUUCCUCUGCCUCCUCUUCCUCUUCCUCCUCCUCCUCUUCCUCCCACCAUCAGCGCCACCACCUGCCCCAGCACUACCACCACCAGAGCACGCCACAGCUAUACCGUGAGCGGGAGCGGGAUCGAGACCGCGAGAGGGAGCGGGAGAAGGAGAGGGAGCGGGAGUGGGCUGGAGUGCGGGGCUCCGGCGGCGACCUGGCCCACCCACACCCCCUGCCCUUCUCCCAUCACCUGCCCUCGCGCUCCUCUUCCCAGUCCCUGGCAAUGCUACCACCCCCACCACCUGCUCCCCCUUCCAUCUCUGGUCCAUCCUCCUCAUCCUCCUCCUCCUCCUCUUCACAGGGGGGGAUUUACGGCGGAGGGCUGGGUGUGCGUGGUGCCCCCAGUCUGAUGGCUCUGAGGAAUAGCCCCCAGCCUCUGAGGAGGACGGCGUCCGGUGGGGGGCCUGGAGGUGCUGGGGGCAGCGAUGGUGUCUUGAGCAGAAGCACCUCAGUCACUUCACACAUCUCCAACGGCUCUCACCUCUCCUACUCGUAGACAGGAGAAGGAGAUGAGCAGGGAGGUGUGGGGGUGUUAUUGGAAGGUAGCUAUCACAGGCUGCGUCUCAAUACUCUCAGCUUGACACCUCACCUUGUGCCCUUUAGUUUGGCUGAUCUGAACUUUGAGGUUAGCUCAACUGCAGAGAGUUAUCUCCCUCUCUGCUUCAUGCACAAACGGACAAAAAGAGGACAACUGACAGUGCUGAGCUGCACCCUGCUUCUUCAGACUCAGGGUGGGUUGAGAGGUUUUCUCGCAUUCUCACAGGUGUACACAAACGAGGGAGGAAUGUAACCACCUGUGAAACCAUUGGAUUUAGAAGACAUUAGAUUUUAAAAAAGGGGGUUUGUGUUCAGUGUUUUUAUUCUUUGUUACCGCCUGUAAAAAAAAAAAAAGUGAGACAGGAAGUGUGAAAGAAGCAGCCUUUUUUUCCCUCCCAGAGCUGCAGACGGUGAGAUUAGGACAGCGGCCAUGUCUUCUUCUAUGAUGUUCUAUACUGGAAUGGAGAAAGAUGGAGGACAGGGCAGAGGAAAAAGAGGAAGAUAACUAGAUUUUUUCAUUUUGUUUGCUUUAUGUUUGUUCUUGUAAGUAGUUGGUAGUGUUCAGACUAUAUCUGGAAGCACCAGGAAAAAGGGGAGAAUCCCAAAAAACACGGUUGGCUCAAGCUUCAGCUCCUGCUGACACUUUUUAUUGAUUUACAACUGUUGAUUAUUUUGUAUUAAGUGUAUAAAAAAAACCACAAAAAACAAGUUGCUUGGAACGUCACCAAUGCCUUUAAGGGGUUCUUAAAGGGAAGACCUGCCAUCAAAGUUUUUAUUUGAUGACUGCAAGAUGAUUUAAAAAAACACAAAAAAUACACCGAAUGUUUGUAAAGGAGAGAGACUUUGGUUUCAACAUGCAGCUGGGAUGAGGAGAAAUGUAUUGUGGACAUGUACAAAUACAAAAAAAAGAGCUUUCCAGCAUCCAUGACAUAUUGAGUAUCUAAACAAACAAAGGUGUCUACAGGAGUCACUCCAAUGCAUGAAAUAGAUGUACAAAAAAAAAAAUUUGUAAACAUGAUCAAACACAUUUGAAAUGUACCGUACCCGUCCAAGUUUCACUGGCAUUUCAGAUCACUCGUCCCACAUUUUUUGAUCUCUUACUGUACAUAGUUAUGAGAAUAUGAAAAACAAAGAACAAGUCAUUGGUUUUAUAGAGCAACGAAGAUAAGGAUAGUAAUUUUGAUAUAUUCAAAUGAGUAUCGAAUUCAAGAUUUAGAGGCAACAAACUCCAACUGCAUUUUCUAUAGGUGUCAAUAUUACCAUAACUAAUCCUGAUGUUGUUGUUGUUGUAAUCAUGUUCACAAAGGGCCCACUUUUGACUGUAAAAAAUAGAUGAUAAAAAAACUGUUGCAUUGUCAGGUAUGGUGUGUGUUCAAGGUAUUAAUGAUUAUUAAUAAGGGUUUUUUAUUAAUAAUUGUUAAUGGUUUAUGUAUGUAUGUGUCGAGCGGUAAAGUCUGGUUAUAUUGCCACAUUUUUUAUGCUGAAAAAAGUGAAUUUUAAAGGACACCCCACAUGAACUCUGACCUCCUUCUCUGGACUCUCAUGGAGAAAAAAAGAUAAUUUUACAAUUGGGCACCGGAAUGUAAAUGCUGGUUUACCUUUUUUUUUUUUAAGUGUUUUUCAGUUUGGGGGUUUACCUUUCAAAGCGGUACCUCUCACAGGAAAAAUGGGUGGAAAAGAGAGACGUGCACAAUCUUUGUAGAAAAUCUGAGCAUGCAAACUGUAUGGACAAGCUGGAAGCGUGUGAAGAAGAAAGAAGAAGAAGUGAGAGGACAGGCAUCGACUGAGCUGCUGUGAGUGUGCAGCAGCAGUGACCGCAGCAGCCUGUCCUCACGGAUAAAGACACCGAUCAGUGUUUUUCUGGUGCACAUGAAGCUCCUGAAGGCUUUUUUUCCUCAAUUUUUUUGGGUCAUUUACUUGAAGGGGAUCAGAAAUAACUGUUUUUUUUUUUAUUAUUAUUUUACUUGAAGAGAAAACAAACAAAAAAAGAUAAUCACCCUGCUGUUUGUAUGACUCAGAAACACCAGCUCAAGACAGUUCCCUGUAUAACCUACUACUUUAUGCUUGGUUGGAAUCUCAGUGCAUGCAUGAAACUCCUUAUAUAAACUAAGACUGGCGGGUUCGGGGGACAGCCUUUGUGUUGGGGAAGUCAGCGUGGUAGUGUGUUUAGACGGGCUGUUGUCUGUGUCUGAGCAGAUGAUCUCAUCUCUUGCCUGGUGUAAACAUGAAGACGAAGAAGCAACGCAGACUCGACUGUGUUUUGCAGAGUUUUCGCGGGUUAGUGGGGGGAGGCGGGGUGGAUGGGGGUGUGGGUGGGGGUUAAAAUCCUUAUUAAAUAUUCACAUCAAGUAAUUUAAAGCUUGAGGAGGAGAGGGGCAAAGGGUGUUAACACAUGUAUUGGUAAAGAAAUGGGGUGCUUUAAAAAGUAAUUUAAAAAAAGAUAAUAAAUUGAUAUUAACACAUUAA